CAGUUUCCCGAUUGAUCUGUGGGGCGAAACAUGUUCACUCUAAACACUCUCCGUGUUUUCUUGCUGGGAUGUCUCCUGCCCGGUACUAUGGAGGGAGCUCGCAUCUUGGCAUUGUUUCCUUUGCCGAGUCCUUCACAUUACUUUUUCGCCUUGCCGUAUUUAAAGAGCUUGGCUUCAUUGGGCCAUGAAAUAACCUCUGUGAGUCCGUACCCCCAGAGAGAACUGGUGAAGAACUUCCACGACAUCCCUGUUCCGGAAGUGUUUGAAAAUUUCAAUGAAAUUCUAAAACUUGCGUCCACUCCCAUGAGCACUUGGCAAAGCAAUGAUGUCAUCAACGAGUAUACCCUAAACCUUACAAAGUCGGUUCUAAAUAACGAGGGAGUGCGUCGGGAGGUUCUGCCAAAAAAACCCCAUUUCGACCUGAUCAUAAUGGAUCUUUGGCGGACCGACGCUCUUUUCGGCCUGGCAGCUUACUUGGAGGCCCCGAUAAUUGCAAUGGCUCCAUAUGGCACAGACUGGAAGAUCGACGAACUAGUUGGCAAUACCUCACCGGUUUCCUACCUCCAAUCUGCCUCCUCUUCCAAAUUCUAUGAUCUUGGUAGCUACAAAGGACGUUUAGUUCACUUUGUGGAUCAAGCCAUCUCUUGGAUGAACUAUAAAGGGCGGUAUGUAGAGAAACAGGAGGAGCUCUACGGGAAAUACUUCUCCCAUGUCGCCAAAAGACAGCCUCUAUCUAAGACUACCCAAAACGUAGCUUUGGUCCUGGUCAAUCAGCACUUUACCCUGGGACCCGCACGACCUUAUGUGCCGAACAUGGUCGAGGUGGGUGGCAUGCACGUUACUCCCAAUCCGAAGGCUUUGCCGAAGGAUGUUGAGGACUUUGUCCAAGGCGCUGGUGAGGCUGGAGUCAUUUACUUCUCUCUAGGAACCAACGUCAAGAGCAAAUUCCUGCCGGAGGAUCGUAGAAAGCUGUUACUAGAAACCUUUUCUAGUUUACCGCAGCGAGUCCUGUGGAAAUUCGAGGAUGAGCAGUUGCCGGGAAAACCCUCAAAUGUUUUUAUCAGCAAGUGGUUUCCCCAGCAGGACAUUUUGGCUCACCCCAAAGUAAGACUGUUCAUAACCCACGGAGGACUGCUGAGCACUAUUGAGAGCAUCCACUACGGAAAACCCAUGUUGGGCUUGCCCUGCUUCUUCGACCAGUACCGCAACAUGGAAUAUGUUAAAGCCCAAGGUCUUGGAUUGGUUUUAAGACUAAAGAAAAUGACGGGUGAAGAUUUUAGGUCAACCAUUAUUCGGCUGCUUACUGAAAAGAGUUUCGAGGAAACAGCGAGAGCUGCAGCUGCUAAAAAUAGAGAUAAGCCCAUGGAACCCCUGGAAACGGCCAUCUGGUGGACUCACUAUAUCCUGCGGCACAAGGGAGCUGCUCACAUGAGAGUCGCAGGCAGGGAGCUGGACUUUUUCGCCUACCAUAGCAUUGAUAUCCUGGGCACUUUUGUGCUGGUCUUUCUGGCUACUUUGGUUAUUAUCCUCUGUGCGGUAAAACAAUUUAAGAAGUGCCUUCGACUUUUCAGCGAAGCAAAAAGGCAAAAGAAUAAGUUGUCUUGAAUUAAAUUUUACAGCAAAAACCAGAGCUCGACUAAUUAAAGAAACAUGUUACCAAAAAGAUUUUGCUGAUAAA